AUGGCACCCUGGAUAGCUCUGUUGCUAUUUGUGCUGGGCUCGGCCAUUGCACAACAAAUCUAUAUCCCAGCAGCAGGCACAUCAGCAAGGCCUCAAUGCACGGCCACACCAUCCUACUCCCAGCCCACAUACUCGCCAUACUCUACGUUUGCAUAUUCCAUGACCGAGACAGUACGGACCGCCACAUCAGUCCAGCCAGGCCCUACCACCACUCUCGGCCACGGACACAGACAAUCCCUACGGAAAUGCUGCGUGGACCGCGUUAUGGAAGUCGCCAAUCCUCCCAAUUUCACCGAGACAUCAGUCUUCAGCACCACCGUCUCACCAACUCCGAUCCCAACGAGUGAGCUCGUUCUGCCUCCUCCGGACUACUUCGGACCGACCGAUUGCUAUUACUUCCCGGCCGAUUUCCAAUUUGGUGUUGCAGGGUCUGCCGCUCAAAUCGAAGGGGCCACGGCUGACGAAGGCAAAUCCCCUUCGCUCAUGGACAUCUUGAUCCAGGACGAUCGACCAAAGGACUACGCCACAAACGAAAACUAUUACUACUACAAGCAGGAAAUUGAAAGGCUGGCCUCGAUGGGCGUCAAGUACUAUUCCUUCAGUCUUGCGUGGAGUCGAAUCCUGCCCUUUGCGCUACCGGGAACUCCUGUCAAUCAGCAGGGACUCGACCACUACUCUGACCUGAUCGACUUUGUGCUCGAGAAAGGCAUGAUCCCCGUGGUCACCAUUCUCCAUUUCGAUACUCCAGCACAGUUCUUUGCCGCGAACUUCUCGGCCGCCCAGGCGAAGCCUUUGAUCGGCUAUUCAAACGGCGGCUAUCAGAACGAGACGUUCGUCGAGGCCUACGUGAAUUAUGCAAAGAUUGUUAUGACGCACUAUGCAGACCGCGUGCCCAUUUGGUUCACGUUCAAUGAGCCGUUCAUAUAUGCCUUCAACGGCUUGUCGGUCGACCAUGUGAUCAAGGCUCAUGCCCAGGUUUAUCAUUUCUACAAAGAAUCGAUCAAGGGGACGGGGAAGAUCUCCCUCAAAUUCAACGACAACUUUGGCGUGCCGCGUGAUCCCGCCAAUCCAAGCGACGUCUACGCAGCCGAUCAUUUCAACUCGUUCCAACUUGGCAUGUUCUGUCACCCGAUAUUCCUGGGACUGGACUAUCCGGAAAGCUACAAGCGGACGGUUCCAGAUUACGUGCCUCUCAAUUCAGAGGAUCUGGCAUAUAUCAAUGGCACCGCCGAUUUUCUCGGCAUUGACCCAUACACUGCGACCGUGGUGUCUCCACCAGUGAUGAAUUCCACCGACUCGAUCCUCGAAUGCUGCUCCAACACGUCGAGCACAUACUUUCCCUACUGCGUCAAUCAAAGCACACUGACCACCACGGGGUGGAACAUCGGCUACCGCUCGCAAUCCUACGUCUACAUCGCGCCGCGCUACCUGCGCCUGUACCUCUCGUACCUGUACAACACGUUCCACAGCCCCAUCGUGAUCACGGAAUUUGGGUUCCCCGUCUUCGCCGAGGCUGAGAAAACCGCGUUGAGCGACCAACUCUACGACACGCCCCGCUCCAUCUACUACCUCUCGUACAUGACCGAAGUCCUGAAAUCGAUAUGGGAGGACGGCGUGCCCGUCGUGGGCGCCUUUGCGUGGAGCUUCGCGGAUAAUUGGGAGUUUGGCGACUACGGCGCGCAUUUUGGUCUGCAGGCCGUCAACAGGACGACGCAGGCGAGGAGCUACAAGAAGGCUUUCUUUGACUUGGUGGAUUUUGUGAGCACGAGGGCGAUGCCCCAGGCCCAGGGAGGGCCUUGGGGGAUAGGGAAGUGA